CCUUCUUCUUCUGCUGUAGAUUCUCCUUGUCAACGUUAUACACACGACUGCCAUCCUAGCCUUCCCCCCGCCUCCUUUCCUUUCACUUUAGUGUGCAUCAUCUUUCUAAUUGCUUGCUCCUAAACGAAUUAUUUUUUUGCUGAACUUCUCUUUUUUAUUCUACUCAACAAAAAAAUUUCCAAAAACUGAACGAAUGACUAUGAAGGAUGAUAACAACAAUAUGAUUUUAAUGAACCACAAGGACGAGACACCAUCGAUGGCUGUAGUUGAGGAAGGAGAAGUGUCCGUGCAUCGCUGUGGCAGUGAUAAGAUGAGCAACAUUAGUCACGAAAAUGAAAUGCAAGCAUCAGUGGAUGAUAAUCCAGUUUUGCCUGUCGAUGAAACGAACGAGAGGAACGAUAAAGAAGACGAAGAGUCCAUAAACAUCAGCAAAGUAGAAGACAAUACUGAUGAGAGAGAUAGCAUUCCAGUUACCGUCGUAGCCACGAUGGACUCUAUGUAUGACAGAGAUAUUUCAAAAACAGAGGAACAAAGCUCAAAUGGGGAUAUAGACAAAAACAAUACCUCGGUUCAUGAUGGCGGCGACGACGACGACGACGACGACGACGAGAGGAAUGAUACCGUAGUGAAGGAUACAAAAAGACAUAGUAGUCAUAAUCAACCGCUGACAGCAGAAUUAUUGGCAGAGCAAAACGAAUUAUUCUCCAAAAAAUCACAUUUAUUAGAACCCAAACCAAAUUCCAUCCGAGCAUGGGCAGCUGAUUUACCAAACGUACCUGAUACAGUACAGCCCAUAUUGACAUCUACUCUUAUUUUUGAAAUGGACUCUUUGACAUUAGAGGAAGAGCAAGAAGAAGCGGAAAACGGAACUCAACUAGGUGAUGGUCUAGAAGCGGAUGCUGCUAAGGAACAACACCCUAUUCAGGAAACCAAAGAUAUUUUUAGUGACACCCAAAAAAUUGCCUAUGUCGGAUUAUGCUAUUUGACCAGUUUGGAAGUUGUGUACGAUUUCGAAGGCAAGGACUUUACAUAUGCUCGUAUGAGUGCAGGGAAUUGGCAGCGGAAAUUGAUGCGCAUGCUUUAUAUGCAUAUGGACAUCUCGGAGGACGAAAUUAACAUGAUUGAAUCAUUAUCAAAGCAUGCUAUUUUACCGACAGACCUUGUCCAUCAAUUUACCUCCCAAGGCGAAACAACGGAAGUGGAACUCAAUCAUUUCAAUACUAAGAAACAGCAGCAGCAGCAGCAGCAGCAACAGCAGCACUCGCUCGAACAGGAACAACCACCAACACUUGGCAAUGACAAUACGAAGGAUCCUGCAUCUAUAAGAGACAAUAAAAUUAUCGUCGAUCUACGUUGGACUGUCAUGUGUGAUCUAUUCCUACUCUGCCUCAGUACUGAAAAUUACGAUGCACGAUCCAGAGUCUUCAUUGCUCGUGUAGCUUCUCAUCUGUCACUCGAUUGGUUCCAGGUGAUCGGAUUUGAGAAACGUAUUGCCGAACAACUUUUAGAAGAUGCUGCCAAUAGUUCAUCAGGUUGGGAAACAGAGUCUAUUACAACUGUAGCUACCAAUAUGACGAGCAUGACGACGAACACCAUGACCAUGACAGAUAUUGCUCCAUCAGCUACAGGCACAGCAGCAGCAGCAGUGAGAAAUGAUGUUGAGAAAAAGGGAAGAAAUAAGCAACGAAAAAAGAAGAGAGUGGUCAUGAUAGGUCUAGCGACAAUCGGAGGCGGUUUGAUACUGGGCUUAAGCGCGGGUUUGAUGGCACCCGUGAUUGCUGGCGGGAUAGGUGCUAUUCUAACCACUAUAGGUGUUACGGGCUCAAGUGCCUUCUUGGGUAGCACAACGGGUAUUGCCCUCAUCACCGGUGGCGCAACUCUUGCUGGCGGACGGAUGGGAGCUAAGGGUAUGAGCAAACGUACAAAGCAAAUUCAAACCUUCGAAUUUGUUCCUGUCCAAGUAGACGAAAAUGUCAACUGUAUCAUUAGUAUUACAGGUUGGUUACCUAAUCAAGAAAAAGAUGAAUCCUCCCUUCCUUUCAGCACGCUAGACCCUCUCAUGGGUGACCAUUAUCAUCUUUACUGGGAGCCCGAAAUGCUAGAGGCAUUAGGCGGUGCCUUUAAAAUCUUUGCCACCGAAGCCGUUACUUUUUCAAUCCAACAGGCACUCGCUCACACUAUCAUGGGUACUCUCCUGGCAGGCCUCGCUUGGCCACUCGCUUUAACCAAACUAGGAUACAUGGUUGAUAAUCCUUGGGCUAACGCGUUGGACCGUUCUCGUCAAGCUGGCCUUAUUUUAGCUGAUACUCUCAUGAACCGGAACCUGGGCGCGCGGCCUGUCACUCUCGUGGGUUAUUCUUUAGGUGCGCGUGUCAUCUUUUUUUGUUUACUUGAAUUGGCACGUAUGAAAGCCUAUGGUUUAGUUGAGAACGUUGCCUUAUUCGGCACACCUGUCAGUGCUUCCAAGGCUCAAUGGAAGGAAUGCACAACGAUCGUCUCAGGGCGUUUUAUCAAUGGAUAUGCUACAAAUGAUUGGUUGCUAGGAUUCUUGUUUAGAACAUCCACCGCUGGAUUGGGUAAUAUUGCAGGAUUGAGACCUUUAUUGCAUAUUGAAGGCGACCGUGUACAGAAUUUGGACUGCACGGAUCUAGUGAAUGGUCAUUUGACCUAUCGAGCUGCUAUGCCUAAAUUAUUAAAACGUGCAGGAUUUGUAGUGACUUCAGAGGAACUACCCAUCAUUGAAAAAGAAAAGUCCAAGUCAGAGGACUCUUCUAUCAAGAAUAAAAACCAGAUGUCAACAACUGCAUCCCUAAAUAAGAGCGAUUCAAUGAAUUCACUGUCAUCGGCAAAUAUAAACAAUUUUGACGAAACCAUGCCAGUACGGACGGCCUCUUCAUCGACCACAGGCGCUCCUAUCACUCCAGGAAACGAGCCGCAUUCACCAACACAUACCUCUUUGUCGUUACCGUCAGCUCAAAAUAAUAACAACACCACCACCAACACAAUCGAUACCACUAUUAACAAUACCACUGCCAUGUCGGAAUAUGAUAUUAUAGCCGACAUUUUGGCUAAUGCAACAGCAGCAGCGUCUUCUAAGGCAGGUACUUAUAGCUCGCUGUCUUCUGGGAAAGCUUCCAUUGCCACUACACCCUCCAAUAGUACAGAACAACAUUCUCAACAGCAGUCAAUGACACGAAGUUCAUCUUCCAUUUCUAUUGCAGCAAAGAAAUCUUUCUUUGGUUUACGCUUCAACAAAUUAGAUCCUACUCUUGAUAAUAUUGCAACCACUACUAAAACGUCUACCAGCAUUUUAUAUAAUGAUAAUAAUAAUGACAUGGAGACUAUCUCUUCUACAACUAAUACAAACGUUCAACCAACGUCGACAGCUUCUCGGUUCUUUACAGGUGCAGCAUCCAUAUUUAAUAUUCGAAAGAAGCAAGAAACUGAAGAAGAGAAAGAGCUUCGAGAGGCUGGCGUUCAAGUAAAAGAAAUCAAAGGCACUUUAGGUACGCUUGUUGUACCUAAAGAAAUAGCAAAUCCUAUGCCGCAAGUUAGACUUGAAGCACCUCAAUUUGCGCGCUUAAACAAAUAAGGGGCACCUUUUAACAACUUGCAACCUCAUUGCAUGUACAUUAUCAUCCUAUUUAAUACACAUCUUCCAAUCCUUUCAUAACUUUAUUUAUUCCUUACUGCAUUUAUAUGACAAACAUAAUGUUGACACGAUAACAUAAAACGAUUUUACGAACGUUCUAAGGUACUAAUGUGUUCACCGGGUUUGUCUCCUGAUAUUCUUUGAUGAGUUUAAACGACAAAACUCAGACGACAUAAACAGGUUUCAAAAAAAAAUGUUAUUUAAACAAAUACAU